AUGCCAGGAUUCCUGACACACCGAAAGUACAAGGGCCCCCGCCCUGUGCGCUCCCUUCCUGACCUCUCCGCUUCCUGGUGGCCCCAGCCCUCGGACCCCCGCCCCGCCCGCCGGCGGAGGACUACAAGUCCCGGCGUGCCGCGCGCCCGCCCGGCCGGCUGCACCAGGGCUGGGCGCGUGGCGGCCGCCGAGCUCUGCGCGGGGGAAAGCCUCCCGGCGCCGGCCGUGCGGGGAGUUGCUGAAGUAAAGGAACCCUGCAGCCUUCCCAUGCUAUCUGUUGACAUGGAAAACAAGGAAAAUGGCUCUGUCGGUGUAAAAAAUUCCAUGGAGAAUGGGAGGCCGCCGGAUCCUGCAGACUGGGCCGUGAUGGAUGUCGUCAACUAUUUUCGAACAGCAGGAUUUGAGGAGCAAGCUAGUGCUUUUCAGGAGCAGGAAAUUGAUGGAAAAUCCCUGCUAUUGAUGACAAGAAAUGACGUGUUGACAGGACUUCAGUUAAAACUGGGGCCUGCUCUGAAAAUCUACGAGUAUCAUGUAAAACCUCUGCAGACAAAGCAUCUAAAGAACAACUCUUCAUAGUACAGUCAAAUUGGGGUCUUAGACCUCAAAAAAUACAUAAUGACAUAAU